CUAAUUUUUUUCCAACAUCCGGGACCUUUGGAGCAAAUCAGUGUGUGGAAACUGGGAAAGGAGGAUAGUGGACAGCGGUGGAAAGGCGGACUGAUGACAGCUGUCAGUGUGGGCAGAAAUACCAAUUUCUGAAGAGAAUACGAAUGGUUGUUCCCUAAAGCACCGGGAGAAAAACGACAGCAUUUUGGCAGAAUUUCGUGUCGCAACGGUAACAUUAUAUUUUUUGAGGUACUUGCAUACAGUCCUGUGUAUUUUCUGGCCUAAUAAAUCACAGGUGGAGCAACAGUCACAGAGACAGCAUGGGGACACAGGGCUCUGGAAGAAAGCGUGCCCCUUUGAAAGAUCGGUUCUCAGCAGAGGAUGAGGCCUUGAGUAGCAUUGCCCGGGAGGCGGAGGCGAGGCUGGCAGCAAAGAGGGCAGCUCGAGCAGAGGCCAGGGAUAUUCGAAUGAGGGAACUUGAACGACAGCAGAAAGAGCUCUCUUACCACUCAUCCAGCAGUAGCAACAGAAAAUGGGGUCAGAUCCACCAGUGGAUGGCUGACGCAGAAAAAGCCAGAGCCUCUAGUAAUAGUAGAUCCAGCAGCCGUCAUCGCCGGGGGCUGGAUGAUGAUGUCAUGUCAGUCUGCAGCCACAGGUCAACUUCAUCAGCAGCACGUGACUUGGGCUCUGGCAGAAGUCAAUCCAGUUUCCGUAGAAAAGAUGCAUUGUCUGAUGGCCUCUCAACUAGCUCCACCCUCAAGACGUCCCGCUCCACUAGUUCUGUGUACAAUGACCUGCAUGGUCGUAAAAAGACUUCAUCCAGCUCCUCGAAGAAGGACCUGCUGACUGGGCUGUACCAUGAUCAAAGGAAGUACACCAGCCUAACGAAGACCAACGCACUGCGUCUGCCCUCCACUUCCACCUAUCAGCCUCGGGGCAUCACUUCCUCGUCCUCCACUAUUGGCAUGGGGCUGUCUCGCAGCUACAGCACGGCCUCCAUUCAUGAUGACACUGGUCUUUGUGGCUUUGGCUACAGUUCAAGAGCUCCCUCUGAGCAUAGCUGGUACUCCUCUGGAGCCAGUUCCACUCGCAGCAGCCCUGCGACUUCCUCAGAUGAUGAUACUGUAAGCAGCGUGUCCCAGGAACACCGCAGCAGAGGCCGCAGGGACAGUGUGCUGGAUGAAAAAUGUGAGAAACAGUAUUCAGAAUACAGUCGGCCGUCAUCCCGCUGUGCCACCCCAGGCCUCUCAGCAGCUACUCUGGCAUCGCUGGGCGGCACCUCAUCACGACGGGGCAGCACAGACACUGGUAGCGUGUAUGACCCAGACACCAGUCUGAGUGAACUUAGGGAUAUCUAUGAACUAAAGGACCAGAUUCAGGAUGUAGAAGGGCGGUACAUGCAAGGGCUUAAAGAGCUUAAGGAGUCACUCGCAGAGGUGGAGGAGAAGUAUAAGAAAGCCAUGGUAUCGAACGCACAGCUGGACAAUGACAAGGGUAACCUCAUCUAUCAAGUGGACACAUUAAAGGACGUCAUAGAAGAGAUGGAGGAACAAAUGGCAGAGCUGAAGAGGGAGUUGGAAGAAAAGUCAAAGGAACUAGAAAGGCAAAAACACACAUGUACAGUCCUGCAGCAUAAACAAGAAGAACUGAAAGAGGGAGUCCGCCAGAGAGAUGAGCUUAUAGAGAAGAGCCAGCAAAUGCAGACUAAGUUAGAUGAACUCACCAGAGAGGUGUUUGACCUGCAGGAAACGAUAAACUGGAAGGACAAAAAGAUCGGGGCACUAGAGAGGCAGAAAGAGUACUUUGAUUGCGUUAGGAAUGAGAGAGAUGAGCUCAGAGAUGAGCUCACUGACAUCAAGGAGAAGGCCAAAGCAGGAGAGAAACACGGGCUGGUCAUUAUCCCAGACGGCACACCAAACGGAGAUGUCAACCAUGAGCCUCUGUCCUCAGGGAUCACUGUGGUCUCCCAGGAGGCCGCCCAGGUGCUGGAGUCUGCUGGAGAGGGCCCGCUGGAUGUCAGGCUACGGAAGUUGGCAGAGGAGAAGGACGAACUGUUGGCUCAGAUCAGGAAGCUGAAGAAUCAGCUGGAGGAGGAGAGACAGAAACACUCGAUGGUGGACAGUACGUACACAGACGGGGAGAGGAUCGAGAAUGGUACAGACCUACAAUUUAUUGAGAUGCAGAGAGAUGCCAACAGACAGAUUAGUGAAUACAAAUUCAAACUUUCUAAGGCAGAACAGGAAAUGGCUACAAUGGAGCAAAAUAUUGGUAGACUUGAAGGGCAAGUGUCCAGGUACAAGGCAGCAGCAGAUAACUCAGAGAAAGUAGAAGAUGAACUUAAAGCAGAAAAACGGAAACUGCAAAGAGAGCUGCGUACAGCUCUAGAUAAGAUGGAAGAGAUGGAGAUGACUAACAGCCACCUAGUAAAGCGCCUUGAGAAGAUGAAGGCCAACAGGAACGCCUUUCUGUCACAGCAAUGAGGCAAGGCAGCGUCCCUACAGAAGCCCUUAAAUUGCCACCUCAGGCCUCUGCCAUUCUGCGUCUGGAACAUUUCCAUUUUCAGCUGUAACACUUUAAGAUUUGUAGCUAACCAAAAACACUUUAAGAAAACUUGUAGCACAGGCAAAAAAUGAACCAUUUUGUCUGGCAAGCUGCCAGCAUUUUGAGAGGGAUAACUCAGAAACUUAACUAAUAAAACUAAAGUUGCAGGGAGAUUCAUCUGAGGAAAUUUCUCUAGUCACUACUUAAUUUUCAGAGCUUUGUAUGACACGUUAUCCACAAGAUUUUCUUUCUCUUGGUUGGGUGCUUGGCUGUACUGUAUUUGUUUUGAUAAGUUGCAUGAAUGAGUAUAACGAUGCUUUUCAACUAUUUAACCCUCAGGGCCGCCUGGGCCCCGCACCUUCCCCUCACACAGUUAAGUGCCUUUUCUGCACCGCUCAACAAAACAGUAGUUGUUUUCCAGGUACAGAAUGAUGUAUUUAAAAAAAGGUGCAGUCAUUAUUUGAAAAUAUAAUGAACCGAUCGCGUCUGCUGCAGUUUGUGAAAUUUUUGAAAAUAUUUAAAAGAUUUCUUGAAAAUAAAUGUAAUUUACAGAA